GCCCCACCCCCCAGCUUUCUUAGCGGAGGGCGGCUGGGGCCGGCGCCACACGGAGUGGACAUGGGGCUGUGCCUGCCCUGCCUGGGAGAUGGGCCCCAGGACCCGCCAGACGUGGAAGAAAAAAGAUUAAAACUUGCAGAAGCUGCAGAAAAAAGACAAAGAGAGUCUUCAUCCCGAGGAAUUUUAAAUCUGCAUUCUGUAGAAGAGAAGAAGAAAAGAAAGGAAAAAAUGGAAAAACAGUUGUCUUCUGGUGGUUCAUCUCAAGGAGGGCUCCGAUGGACAGUUUCCUAAAAAUGUGUGCCAAAUGGAAGAUAAGACCACUGCUGAUAACCUAUGGAAAACUGAAAUCAACUGGAAUUUCGUAAUGUGGCUUUUGCAUAUAACACAUUAACACUCUUCUCUUUUAAUGUGAUAAAUGAUGAGUAAACUAUAUACUGGAAAUUCUUUACUUUUUUGAGCAGACAAACCUCAGGAUAUUUAACAAGAUGGCCAAAACUGUUUACUAUAUAGUCUCUUUAUUUUUGCUAUAUUAAAAGCAGGGAUUGUAUUUGUGACUUUAUAGAGAUAAAGUUGUACUGCAUAAUAAUAUAUUUCUGCUUUGGGUAGUAAUGAUUAAAACUUUAAUCAGUUUUUCCAAUUACAUUAUCUCCUCUUUAUAAAGAAAAAUUAAGUGAACAUUGAUAGCCUUGCUCUGACAUAUAUUGUAUUUAUAUUGACUUAAUGUUUAAACCUUCAAUUUAAUAACUAAGUAGAAGGAAAUACCCCAAAAAAUAAUUUGGGGGCUCAAAUGAAAUCAACCUUCUCCAUACUUUUUGAUUCACUCAGUGCUUGUUUGUAAGUAAAUAAAAGAUUUAAUCUGAUUAUUUUCUGUUCAAGUUUUAUAAAAAAAAAACAAAAAAGAGUUAUGUAAAAAUGGGGGAUUUUCCUUCACUUAAAAUGUAUUGGCUAAAUUUAAAGCUUGGUUUUUUUCAGUACCAGAAGAGGGCAGUGCUGUGCUUGUAGAGAAAAUAUCUGAUUUAUUUCUCUAAAGACUUUUGUUGUAAUUAGAUUAUGGGCUAACAUUUGUCAAAUUAUGAGUUUUGUUGUCACUUUUUAAAAUCUAUUAAAGAAUUGACAUAA